CUAGUUACACGUGCAGAAGUGCCUUCCCAGAAGUGUUUGUUAAAAUUCUCGUCAUAAAAUGCUCAAAUCCAAAACAUAUGUAAAGAAAACUCGAAAGGGUAAUGUACUAAAAGUUGUCCGUGAACAUUACUUGCGAGACGACGUUUGGUGCGGUGCAAGUCACUGUACAAAUUGUGGAGAAAGUCAGAACAAUGUUUUGGGAAGUGUACCCCAGUCCUUGUCUUCUCAGCUCUGUGAUUAUCCUCAUUACAUUAUACCCGAUACAAAUGUAGUUUUACAUCAGAUCGAUGUCCUAGAAGAUCCAGUCUUUAAAAAUGUAAUUUUGCUACAAACAGUUCUUGAAGAGGUUAAGAAUCUCAACCUUGGAGUAUAUAAGAGAGUUAGGGCUAUCAUAUCAGAUCCAGAACGAAAAUUUUAUGUCUUCUCAAAUGAACACCACAGACAAACAUAUGUUGAGAGAGCAAAAGAUGAAUCAAGUAAUGACAGGAAUGAUAGAGCUAUACGAACAGCAGCAAGCUGGUAUAAUGAUCACUUGACAGAGUGUGAAGGUGGUAAAGAUGAAGACCUCAGAAUACAAAUAGUAUUGAUUACCAAUGAUAGAGCAAAUAAAGAGAAAGCAAUCAAAGAAGGAAUCAAGGCAUUUAAAAUUAAGGAGUAUGUUAGCAGUUUAGAUGGCUGUGGUGAUCUGGUGGAUCGGUUGGCUAAUCUUGAACAUGAAGAUCAUGAAGAGUCCACAGAUGGGAAAAGAARCCAGUUUAUAUUUUCAGAGCAUCUWCCUUUGACAAAAAUCCAGGCAGGAAUAAAGUCUGGAAAAUAUAAACAGGGAGUACUUCAUGGAAGCAGAGAGAAUUAUCUAGAGGCUGUUGUGUACGUCAGAGAUAGUGAAGAUGAGAUAUUUAUCCAAGGGUUAGAGAACUUGAAUCGUGCAGUCCAUGGUGAUGUAGUUGCCAUAGAAAUAUUGCCUAAAGAUCACUGGAAAUGUCCAUCAUCUGUUGUGCUGGAGGAUGUGUCUCAAGAUGGGGCUGAGGAAAACAUAGACAAUAUCAAGAUUAAUAAUAACAAAAAAGAAAUAUCAAACUUCAAGAAAACGGGAAAGGUUGUAGGUAUUAUCAAGCGUAACUGGAGGCCAUAUUGUGGGGUCAUCAGCCCAUCAGGGAAUCCUCAGAGUUCCCAUCACCUGUUUAUCGCAGCUGAACGUAGAAUACCAAGGAUCAAGAUUGUGACCAGGCAAGCAGAAACAUUGACAACCCAGCGAAUUGUGGUCAGCAUUGACUCGUGGCCUAGAACCUCUCGAUACCCUCAGGGUCAUUUUGUUCRUAAGCUGGGUGAUAUUGGUGACAAGGACACAGAAAAUGAGCUUCUACUACUGGAGCAUGAUGUACCACACCUGGCAUUCUCUGCAGCUGUCCAGAAAGACUUGCCAUCUAUGCCUUGGGCAAUCACACAGGAGGAUUUAGACACACGCUUGGAUCUGCGAGACCUGUCAAUUUGCAGUGUAGACCCCSCUGGAUGUACUGACAUUGAUGAUGCGCUGCACUGGAAAAAACUUGACAACGGAAAUUAUGAGGUUGGUGUUCACAUAGCAGAUGUGACCCACUUCAUCCAUCCUGGCACAGCAAUGGAUGACGAGGCUGCUAAUCGAGGAACCACUGUGUACCUUACAGAUCAGCGUAUAGACAUGGUUCCUACUCUCCUGAGUUCUAACCUUUGUUCCCUUCRCUCGAACGUUGACAGACUUGCUUUCUCGUGUAUCUGGGAGCUCACACCAAAUGCAGAAAUCAUCCAAACAAAGUUUACAAAGAGUGUCAUUUGUUCAAAGGCAUCCUUAACUUACGCUGAGGCUCAGCUUCGUAUCGAUGAUUCCACACAGAAUGAUGACAUCACCAUUAGUCUUAGACAUCUAAACCAGUUGGCCAAGAUCUUGAAGAGAGGACGUAUAGAAAAUGGGGCUUUAACUCUUGCUUCUACUGAAGUACGCUUCCAUAUCGACAGUGAAACACAUGACCCAAUUGAUGUAGAAACGAAGCAACUCAGAGAUACAAACUCCUUGGUGGAAGAGUUCAUGCUGUUGGCUAACAUUUCCGUUGCAAAGAAGAUACAUCAACGUUUUCCUGAGUUUGCUGUUCUCAGAAGACAUCCUUCCCCUCCGCUCUCCAACUAUGACAUCCUAGUGAAGGCAGCACGCUCCAAGGGUCUGGAAAUCAAAGUAGACACAGCAAAAGACUUGGCCGUCUCCUUGGACGCCGCGGUUAUCGAAGAUGAGCCCUACUUCAAUACCAUGCUACGUAUCCUGACAACACGAUGCAUGAUGGAAGCGGUGUACUUUUGUUCGGGCAUGCUCCCUGAGGAUCAGUAUCACCAUUAUGGUCUAGCUACACCUAUUUAUACUCACUUCACGUCACCUAUCAGACGAUAUUCUGAUGUCUUGGUCCAUCGUCUUUUAGCUGUUGCAAUCGGAGCCAUGAAGUCUUACCCCGAUUUGCUGCAUAAGGAAAAAGUUCAGAAACAAUGUAACCAUCUCAACUUCCGACACAAGAUGGCUCAAUACGCAGGGCGUGGCUCUGUGGAUCUUCAUACACAGUUGUUUUUCAAAGACAACCCGAAGACUGAAGACGCAUUUGUAAUGUUUAUUCGUAAAAACGCCUUACAAGUCCUCAUCCCAAAGUUUGGCCUACAAGGAACAGUGUAUAUGAAUAGACACGGGAUUACAGACAGCCAUAUGGUGUUUAAUGAAGAGGAACCUUCCCUUACUGUAGGGAAUGUAAAGUUCAGUAUGUUUGAUAAAGUAACCCUGGAGAUCAAGGUGGAGAAGACGGUGACGCACAAUUCUUUUCUUCAGUUUACUCUGCUCUCUCCCAAGCCCUGUAUAGAUUGGGAAGUCAGCGAGCCAAGCCCCAAGAAAGCAAGACUGAAGUAAAGCCCAUCCAAUGCAUGAAAAAAGAUAGGUAUUGAGAUAUCAGGCAAUAACCAAUGAAUAAGCUGCUCGUUGUAAGAGCUGCUGCAGAUGAGUUGCAAAGCAUGACAAAAAUAUCUUCACUGCAAUUCAUUUUUCUAACUGACAGAGAACCCUUUUAAUAUUUUAUUUAAAACUUUUACUUUAAUAUGACUGAUUUUUAAUA